CCCUCCCCCUGACGCUAGAGGUAAACAUUGACCAACAUGGCGGAGCUGCUGCUGGACUCGGACAUCAGAAUAUGGGUGUUUUUGCCCAUAGUUCUCAUCACCUUCCUGUGCGGCAUCCUGAGGCACUACGUGAGCGUCCUCAUAUCCACUCAAAAGAAGGUGGACCUCACGCAGCUGCAGGAUAGCCAAGCCAUGAUCCGUGCCAGGAUGCUGCGGGAGAACUGCAAGUACAUCCCUGAGCAGUCUUUCCUGAUGCGACGACACUUCUUCAAUAACGACGAUUCAGGCUACCUCAAGACAGUGAAGCGAGCAGCAGCGCCCCAGCCCAUGACGGACCCCAACAUGAUGGUGGAGAUGCUCAAGGGGCAGCUCACCAACAUGCUUCCCAUGAUUGCCAUUGGAGGAUGGAUCAACUGGACAUUCUCAGGAUUUGUCACAACAAAGGUUCCGUUCCCUCUCACACUGCGGUUCAAGCCCAUGCUUCAGAGAGGCAUUGAGCUGGUGUCCCUUGAUGCCUCCUGGGUGUCCUCUGCCUCCUGGUACUUCCUCAAUGUGUUUGGUCUGCGCUCCAUAUACACACUCGUCCUGGGCGAGAACAAUGCGGCAGACCAGGCACGUAUUAUGGAAGAGCAGAUGUCGGGAGCAGCAAUGGCCAUGCCCCAGGACCCCAAGGCUGCAUUCAAGGCUGAGUGGGAGGCCCUGGAGAUUGCCGAGCACCGAUGGGCACUCAAGGAUGUGGAGUCAGACUUGCUGCAGAAGGCUGAGGUGGAGUGGGUAGUCAGUGGCCAGCCCUGUGGAUCUACCUCAAGCUAGAAUAACAGUCAUUAUCAUUAUUAUUUUCUUUUUAUUUAAUUCUUUUUUGAGAUGGGUCGGCACAGUGGCCAGCUUUGCCAGAUCACCGUCUCCACAUAUUGGUCGUUUAAAAUAUUGAAGAGUUUGGUGCAUACUGAAGACAUGCUGCAUCUAUUUUUGUUGACUCUUGUGUGACUCUUUUUUUUCCACGUUCAUCUUUAGGAUUUGUUUCACUUUUUUUCCCCUAAUUUCCCUCCAUCUUUUUUAUGGUGUGUUCAUUGUAUAUUUUCAUUUGCUUGAUACAUAAAGAAUACCUGAUAGUAACUCAUGGGCACUUUUUAUGUACCAGGGAUUCCAAAUAUUUUAACCAUGUGUGAUUCAGAUUUCUAGGAUGAGAACCAAGAAAACAGUAUGACAAUAGAGAAGCUAGUGUAUUGGCACAGAUUUGGCUUUCACUGGUAGCCUGGUAACAUAUACUCCCAGGUCUUUCUCUGCCUCUGGGGUGGAUAGUGGAGUGUUUCCCAUGUGGUAUUAGUAAGCUGGAUAUCCCCUUCCAAGGUGCAGGACUUUACAUUUUUCUUCCUUGAAUUGUAGCAGCCACUUUUUGUUCCAUUCCUGUAGCUUGGUGGUUUUCUUUUGUAGGAAAUCUGCAAUCAAGGGGUUAAAGGCACACUAAAAAGGAAUUAGCAUCAAAGAGAGUCACCUGUCCCCCCUCUUAAAUAUUUAGCUUGUAUGGAUAUAAGAAUAUUAUGUGUGUAUGUACAUAUGUAUGUUUAUGUAUGUAUGUAUGCGUGUGUGUAUAUAGGAAUGAAACUACAGUAAAUGUUCAUUUAACCAUGGCUAAAUUAUCUGCAACUCAACAUUACCUGACUGAGGACUGACCCCAAAAAUCUAUCGCCAUAUCCUCACAAGGUGUGGUUGAGUCAAGGAAAUUAUUCACUUUAAGAUUGAGCUACCCAAAACUAUCAUAGUAUCCACAUAACAUGCAGUCAGGGGAAAUGAUGUAUAAAACUCAAACUCCGCAUGAUGAACGGGUCAUGUUGGGUAGAUUUUAUGGUAUCUCACGGGAGGAGGUAAGAGCUUAGGAUGACUUGUUACUUCCCUCUCCUCUUUCUAUUUAUGUGAAAUGCUCUGAAGUUUGAGUCAGUCAACAUUUGGUGGCUUACUGGUUAGGUACUCUGCUGCUUUAACACUCAAAAUUUUUAAUCUUGGAGCUCUUGUAUCACAUGUCACUGAAAUUGAAUGUUGAAACCAAGCUGGUCCUAUGUUUAAAACACUGGACAAAACUUUUCAGUGUGCAUCUGCUAGGGCUGUAGAAAUUUCUUUGGAAUUAAAAUCAUUUAUUUAUUUGUAGCAGCCUUGACUAAAUUCAUGCAGAUGACUGAGAAUUUACUGUUUUUGUUUAUGUAUUUAUGUAGUUUGAAGUAUGAGAGAGGCCCAAAUGUUGAGUUCGGAGAGUGGCAAUCAAUUUUUUUGCCUGAUUAAAUGUUCAUUACUUUGUACCUAUAGUUGUUUAAACUACUACCAAUCUUGUCUUUUUAAUUGCAUAUAUGACUUUGAAACCAUUACACAUUCAUACUUCCAUUGUACUGUCUAGUUACUGUAAUAUCAAAUAAAUGGAGCUGUUUACAUCAUGAAGCCCCAAUCCAAUAAAAAAUAAAUAAAACAUUAAAUUGC